CCCCGACGCCUGCGGCUGCUGGUGCACUUGGUCGCGGCGCUACUAUGGCGGUGCGACAGGCGCUGGGUCGGGGCCUGCAGCUGGGUCGGGCGCUGCUGCUGCGUUUCACGGCCAAGCCUGGCCCGGUCUACGGCUGGGGGCGGCCAGAGCGGCCGGGCCCCGCGGCGGCCUGGGGCCGCGGAGAGCGCCCGGGCCAGGCCGCGGGACCCGGCGCGGAGCCGCACAGGCUCGGGCUCGGGCUCCCCGACCGCUACCGCUUCUUCCGCCAGUCGGUGGCCGGGCUGGCGGCGCGGCUCCAGCGGCAGUUCGUGGUGCGGGCCCGGGGCGGCGCGGGCCCUUGCGGCCGGGCCGUCUUUCUGGCCUUCGGGCUGGGGCUGGGCCUCGUCGAGGAGAAGCAGGCGGAGGGCCGGCGGGCGGCCUCGGCCUGUCAGGAGAUCCAGGCAAUUUUCACACAGAAAAACAAGCUGCCUUCUGACCCGCUGGACACUAGACGCUGGCAGGGCUUCCAGCUGGAGGAGUAUCUGAUCGGCCAAUCCAUUGGCAAGGGCUGCAGUGCUGCUGUGUAUGAAGCCACUGUGCCGGUGUUGCCCCAGAACCUGGAGGUGGCAAAGAACAUUGGGCUUCUUCCAGGGAGAGGCCCAGAUACCAUCCCACGAGGAGAAGAGGCGACGCGAGCUCCACGGGCCCUUGCCUUUCCCUUGGCCAUCAAGAUGAUGUGGAACAUCUCGGCGGGCUCCUCCAGCGAAGCCAUCUUGAACAAAAUGAGCCAGGAGCUAGUCCCAGCUAGUCGAACGGCCUUGUCCGGGGAGUAUGGAGCAGUCACUUACAGAAAAUCCCAGGGAGGGCCCAAGCAGCUGGCCCCUCACCCCAACAUCAUUCGGGUCUUCCGUGCCUUCACCUCGUCUGUCCCGCUGCUGCCAGGGGCCCUGGUCGACUACCCUGAUGUGCUGCCCCCACGACUUCACCCCGAAGGCCUGGGCCACGCGCGGACGCUAUUCCUCGUGAUGAAGAACUACCCCUGUACCCUGCGCCAGUACCUUGGUGAGAACAGGCCAAGCCCCCGCCUCGCCGCCGUGAUGACCUUGCAGCUCCUGGAAGGGGUGGACCAUUUGGUUCAGCAGGGUGUCGCUCACAGGGACUUAAAAUCCGACAACAUCCUCGUGGAGCUGGAUGCAGACGGCUGCCCCUGGUUGGUGAUCACGGAUUUUGGUUGCUGCCUGGCUGACAAGCGCGUCGGCCUGCAGUUGCCUUUCACCAGCUGGUAUGUGGAUCGAGGCGGAAACGGCUGCCUGAUGGCUCCUGAGGUGUCCACAGCCUGCCCCGGCCCCAGGGCGGUGAUUGACUACAGCAAGGCUGAUGCCUGGGCCGUGGGAGCGCUGGCCUAUGAAAUCUUCGGGCUCCCCAAUCCCUUUUACGGCCAGGGCGGGGCCCACCUUGAAAGCCGCAGUUACCAAGAGGCUCAGCUGCCUGCGCUGCCUGAGUUGGUGCCUCUGGACGUAAGGCAGCUGGUGAAGUCACUGCUCCAGCGAGAGGCCAGCAAGAGACCAUCUGCCCGAGUAGCUGCUAAUGUGCUUCAUUUAAGCCUCUGGGGUGAACACACUCUAGCCCUGAAGAAUCUGAAACUAGACAAGAUGAUUGGCUGGCUCCUCCAACAAUCAGCGGCCACUUUGUUGGCCGACAGGCUUACAGAGAAGAGCUGCGUGGAAACAAAAAUGAAGAUGUUAUUUCUGGCCAACCUGGAGUAUGAGGCACUGUGCCAGGCAGCCCUUCUCCUCUACUCCUGGAGGGCAGCCCCAUGAUGGCGCUGAUGUAGCUGGUGAAUUACUAAAAGAACUUGGCAGCAUCUAUGUCGUGAUGGUCUGUGAAUGCUGAAGGAGGGAGCUCUGAGGUGUGAGGGUGGGAGUCGAGAAAAGGUAGAGUAGAGAGGGGUGGUCGACAGAAGAGAAGGCCUCUGGUUUGGCAAAUGGGAGGAACAAGUUGAGUGAAGUUCAUGGUCUGUAGUUACUAUCUCUAGCUGUGUGAUUUUGGAUGUGUCAUAUAACCGGUGUGGUCUCAAGUUCUCUUACCUAUAGAAUGAAGAGACUGGUCUAGAUAGGGGUCGACAAACCUUUUCUAUAGAGGGCCCGAGUAAAGACCUGGCUGUCGCAGCUACUCAACUCUUGGCAUCGUAGUCUUAAAUAUGUAAACGAACAAGCAUGGCUGUGUGCCACUGAAAUGUGAAUUUCAUGUGUCACUAAAUACUCUUUUAAUUUUUUUAAACCAUUUAAAAAUGCAAAGACCAUUUUUUGCUUAAAGGCCAUACAAAAACAAGGCAGCAGGCUGGCUCUACAGGCCAUACAUACUUGGCCCGCCCCUGGUCUAGAUGAAUUCAAAGGGCCCAACCUACAGAAAGUGCUAAUCACUGGGCCCCUAUGUAGCUGUGCUACAAUUAAUGUGGUAAGAGCUCUGCACCAGGUGAGAAGAUCCCUCAGGGGUUAAGUGCUGACCGGAAAGCCCUACCUUACGCUCAUGUCCUGUCUUCACAGACCUCGAAGUUACUGGCCGAGCUGAUCUGUUAGACGAGGCUGGUCUGAGGAGGGGUGGGCCUGCGCCCCGCUUUAUAGGGAGGAGCCAGGCCCGGCGGUGGCUGGUGGUGGCAUGUCACCUGAGCUAAGGCAAACAUUUGCACAGGUCAGUACAUUCAGGUAUCAGAAUGAAAAGACAUGUGGGCCUGAGAAGUAGGGAGCCUCUGCACGUCACCUGUGCAUUCUGGGACAGCUCCAGGGCGGUUCUGAGAAAGCAUUUCCACGGAGCUCCUCCAGCUCCUGAAUCGAGUCUGGCAGAGCUAAAAUCAUGGGUGAAAUAGAAAUUAACAGCGUAGGGUUUUUAACUUGCUGAUUUCCUUCUGUCUAGCAUUUCUUAUAGGAAUUAUGAAGCAUUAAAUGCACAUUUACAACUGCAGAAUAUGUAUGUG